AUGCAUGAGGUAUUGUUGUUCGCCUCGGUCCCGGCCCACCAGCACUAUGAGCUCCUCCAACAGCUUGCUGGUCUGACAGCCAUGCAGCCCCGCCACUGCUUGGAGCGACGGCUGAUCUUCAAAGCCUAUCGCAAGCCUGGUCUGAUGGCGGGGCGCACCGGUGCUAGUCAGGACAUCCAGUCUGGGGACCUGCAGCGGCUGAACAAGAUGCUCAAUGGAAGCAUGUACUAUACUCAGGUGGUAGGCCCAGUCUCGGACAAGGACUUUGGGGCUACGAUCGAUGCCGAUACUCAGAUGGAUGGUACCGACGAAAAGCCCACAUCUCGGUAUGACUAUGAGCGUCAGCCAUGGAGAUUGGAAUUUCGAGAUAUUCCGGAAGCUGGAACUCGCUCGGCUGUCACAUCGCGUCAGAUGUCUAGUUCAUCCUUGCCACCGGGAGACGUCAUGCCGACUAUGAGUGCGUGGGGCUACAACUUUGUGAAUGAGCAUGUGGUGGAGGGUGACUUGUUCGUCCACAAUGACAUUGUCAUCUUUUUGCAGCGGGUUCUGCAAUACCCGGCUGGCCAGGAGCCAAGUCAACCUCGACAACAGAUGCCUGCCUUGAAGGAUAUGAUGCCAUUGGAAAAGAGCGGAAGCUACGUUCUACAGGCCUCUAUUACCGUUCAAGACGGUAGCAAUCAAGAAACGAUGAAGACAGCCUCGCAGCAUCUCUUCGGGUUACGCGAGCAAUUGAAGUCAGCAGUUCGACUCGAGCAGGCAGACCGGCUGUCUCUUGAUACGAGAGCGAAAUAG